AUGGAAAAAACAGCUCCCAUCAACAUUGAAAACAACGCUGAUGCAGAUUCCAAGGACUCCAACGGCGAGACACCUCUGCUCACGGCCGCUGGGCACGAUCACGAAGCGGCGGUGAAACUCUUACUCGAAGCUGGACGCGUUGAUGUGCAGCCAAAGGACGAUCCCACUGGUCGAACACCGCUGUAUGUCGCUGCAUGGCAUGGCUACGAAGCGGUGGUGAAGCUCUUACUUGCGACCGACGGUGUUGAUGCAGAUCCAAAGGACCCCAACGGCUGGACACCGUUGUUGCGGGCUGCGCAGGAGGGCCAUGAGGCGGUGGUGGGAUAUUUACUUCAAACUGGACUCGCCAUUGUGCAGCCAGAGGAUGGCGUCCGCGGUUGGACACUGCCGUCCGUCGCCACGCAGAAUGGCCAUAAAGCGGUGGUUGAACUUUCACAAUGGAGCGAGUGGCGAAGCUUCUGGAAUCGAGCAGGUUGA